UUAAUUAUUUAAUACUUAUUGAUUAGGUAUUUAGCAACAGGAAAUACGAUGACUGAUCUCCAUUACACAUAUCGUAUGGGUAUCUCAACAAUAAGUGGUAUCAUUGAAGAUGUAUGUAAGAAUAUUUGGGAGCUUAAAACUGAAUGCAUGGCUGAACCUACUGAAGAUAAAUGGAAAGAAAUUGCAAAUGGUUAUCAAAAAUUAGCAAAUUUUCCAAAUUGUAUUGGUGCCCUUGACGGAAAACACGUAAGGAUUAUAAAACCAACAAAAAGUGGCUCGUUGUUUAUUAACUAUAAACAUUAUUUUUCAAUUGUUUUAAUGGCCAUAUGUGAUGCAAAUUAUUGUUUCACUUUUGUGGAUGUUGGAGCGCAAGGAAAAUUUUGUGAUUCAAGCGUAUUUAAAAACAGUACAUUUUACCAAAAACUUGAAACUAAUGCUUUAAAUAUUCCCAACCCUAUGCCUUUUCCUGGAAACGAUAAUGAUGAAAGUUAUCCAUUUGUAAUAGUUGCAGAUGAAGCUUUCGGGUUAUCAAAAAACAUUUUACGACCUUAUGCGCGAAAGAAUUUAAACUAUAAAAAAAAAAUUUUUAACUAUCGUUUAUCGCGUGCAAGGAGAAAUAUUGAAUGUAGUUUUGGAAUAUUAUCUAAUAAAUUUCGUAUUUUUCACAAACCAAUGAAUGUGAAUGUUGAGUUGGCUGUAUGCAUCGUAAAAGCAUGCUGUAUCCUGCAUAAUUUUAUACGAGUUAGAGAUGGAUUUAAUUUUGAAAACACUCUUAGCAUUGAAGGUUUAGAAAAUAUGAAUGAGGUUAAUGUAGAAAAUAAUAAUGUGACUAGAUGUGGUAAUACAAUAAGAGACAAGUUUGCCAAUUAUUUUAUAAGUGAUGCUGGAAAAAUAGAAUGGCAAGAUAAAUGUAUUUAAUAAGAUCUGAUUAUUAUAACGAAUUUGAAUAAAAAUAUAUUUGAAUAUGUUCUUAAAUCGUUAAUAAUAUAAAAAGGUUAACAUAUUGAGGUUCUA